CGCCCCCCGCCCUGCUCCCGGCUCCCCCCGGCCAGCCCCGCGCCCCCCUCCCGGGGCGGAGGGAGAUGCUGAACGUGAUGGAUUUCUCCUGCCCGGACCCGCUGUACUCCAAGUACGAGGAGCCGUGCGAGAUGAAAGCCGGGGACCUGCAGGGCUUGGGGCAAGCCGAGGAGCAGCAACUCCUGGCAGAGGCCGAUUUCCUCGGAGGUGAGUUCAUGGGCUCCCCGAUGAGCGGUGAGGCGGUGGAUUACUUCCUCCUGGGCAGCCAGCCUUCCCCCUCACUCAGCUACACCGGCAGCUUCUUCAUCAAGGCGGUGCCAGAGCACCCCCAGGACCAGGAGUCCCUCUUCAACCUGAUGUCGGGGAUUCUGGGCAUCUCUCCUUUUGCCGCCUCCGAAGGCCACCAAAAACACUUGGAUGCUCUUUACUCCUGCCCCGAGAUGACUCAGAACCAGCUGGACCUUUACUCCAACUGCCAGCCCGAAAUGAAUGUGUCUGUCCAAGCCCCGUUCCCGGAGCAGGGUUACACCAGCUUUCCCGCGGCGGAGAGCGUGCCUCCCCUCCAGGCGCAACCUGGCGUAGGAAAUGCCUCGCAGUGCUUCUUCGAGACCAAGCUCUUGGACAAUAAACAGGACAUCAAGCUGCCCUCCGUUUCCCCAUCCCUGGACAAAUUUAAGGCCUCCUGCUCACAGUGGGAGCCCGUCACCCAGCAUCAGUCCUACCUGCCCACCGGCUACCAUUCCCCUGAGGCCUUCCCUGCCGCGGACGGUAGGCAGGCUAUGUUUCAUCCCCUGAGCUCCAAGAUUGAAAACGUGCUGUCUGUCAGCUGCCAGUCAGAGCUCAACAGCCUCUCUGAGGAUCCCGGCUGCUUCGGCAGCAAUUUGGGGUUUGGAUGCGAGCCAGAAAAUUUCCAGGCCCACAGUGACUUUGAUGACACCAAGAUCCACAGUCUCCCUCCCCAGUUAAUCCCAGAGUUUGACUCCUCCUUGGCACAGCCAGAAGUCUUGCCAGGUUUGAUUAGCUCAAACGAGUUGCUCCAUCCUCACCCAUCCCCCUCUGUCCCACCCACGGACUUUUUGGGCCAUCCCAACCCUUCCUCCAUCGCCUCUCUGCUCCCUGCCAACCCUCCAGCCCUUGCCGAGCCCAAGAAGAAGACCCGCAGGACCAAGUGCUCUUCCAAAUGCUUCUGCCCCAAGCCUCAUGAGAAGGCCUUCGCCUGCCCGGUGGAGAACUGUAUCCGGAGCUUCGCCCGGUCAGACGAGCUCAACAGGCACCUCCGGAUCCACACGGGGCACAAGCCUUUCCAGUGCCGCAUCUGCCUGAGGAACUUCAGCCGCAGCGACCACCUGACCACGCACAUCCGCACGCACACUGGCGAGAAACCCUUCUCAUGCGACGUCUGCGGCCGCCGGUUCGCCAGGAGUGACGAAAAGAAGCGGCACAGCAAAGUCCACUUGAAGCAGAAGGCCCGGACGGAGGAGAAGCUCAAAGGCUUGGGCUUCUUCUCGGUGGGGCUGUCCUUCGGGGCGCUGUGAGGCCCGGGCCUGGGCGCUGGUGAGGUGACGUUCCCCGAGACGGCUCCCCGCGCAUCUUGCGGAAGAGCUGGGGUGCAGAGAGCCCCCGCGCGCAGCCCGGCGUGGCCCUGGAGAAGAAGACGGUGAGCAGCGGUGGGCCGAGUGCCUCCGCUUGGCUCGCGCUACCGGGGAGGGAGAAGCACCUGCGGUGUACGGACAGGUGGGAAAGGCCCGCGCCACGCGGCACGGAGUGGUGGAGGAGGAGGUGCCAGCCCUGCGCCGGCUCGCGGGCCUGGCCAGCCCCGGGUGCCCGCCUGGAACAUCCUCACGCUGCAGCAGGGACUGACUCAUUUUUCUAGCUCCUGUUUGAGGGGAAGAAAAAAAAGGAGGAAAAAAAAAAAAAACGUACAGAAAGAAAUCACCGCCGACCUUUUAUACGGAGACCCACGGGCGCGUUUGCUAAGGCUGCGUUUCUACUAACCUGCCUCCAAUUUACCCUGCCAGCACUUUACGCGGACUUCCUGACCGAUCCGGUUUGCCAUAUGGUACCGUUCUCAGGCUGCAACUGCACCAAAACUGGCUGGUUCUGACUGUUUCUCCAGAAGCAAAUAGAUGCAAUUGGCACCCUGGGCUGAAACGCUGAGAACCAAAUGCUGCUGCCGUUGUGGUUCGGCAGGCUCCAGCUAUGGAGAAUUGUGGAUAACGGUCCUUUCGGAGAGGUGAUGUCCUUUUUU